AUGAGGGAUUUCGUGCUGCAUAUCCUUGCCGUUGUUCAGGGAUCACUGUCACCCGUUGAUGAUCUUUUACAGUUUGUGGAGAUGAACACCUUUGGCAGUGUGAGUACAAUUUCACUUCUGGCCCCUCAGAGCGACGUAGCUGAACACAAGGAGAAGUUACAGCAGAAGGCUCUGCAGCAACCUAAGCAGAAGAAAUCCAAGUCGGCUGAAUUUCUGAUGGGAAAAAAAGAAGAAAGAGCUGCAGCGGUGGGCAUAGAAAACCCAGCCUUCAAUGGAGGAGGAAGUGCCAAGCUUUCCGGUCCUCCGGUUUGGCUGGGGAGAGAAAUUCGAGGUGACAGGCCAGAUAGCACCCUUGCAGCUCACCCAAAAAAAAUGGAGCUGCAAGCCCCUGCCAAAGAAAGAGGAGAUGAACAUGCCCAAAAUUACUUUGACCCAUCGUCGGCACAGCAGACAGACCCAAGACAUUGCAGGAUGGCUGGGGUCAGCACUGAAGAUGAGCUGGAAUUAACAAUAUUAAAUGCAGAUGAAAACAGACUGUAUCAAAGGAUGACUGCAUUGCUGGAUGAGGACAAUACCUUCAUAGACAUACCUGGUACGCUGCAAGCCUCCAGGGAUGAGGAGGUGUUGGAGGUGAAGACUGGUGAUCCGGUGCUUCAGUGGCGACUGCUGCUCCACGGUGGUGGUCAUGCCUUGGGCUUCAGGCACUCCCAGGCUCAUACCAUUGCCAAAACCCAAGAUGAGGCUAGUGCUGGGCUGGGAGGAGAAGCUGGACUCGAAACAGUAACGGGCAGAGAGAGCACUGUAAAAAUGAAGAUAGCUGAAGAGGUGAUUCCCCAUUACACCCAGCAGCUGAGGGAGCGUGUGCAGCCUGACAUGAUAACGCUUGGCAGCCUUUCACUGCAGCAGCAAGUGGCUCAGAAGGAACCUCUGAAGAGGCGAGAAUGGGCAAAGGGAAAGAAGAAACUAUUGGCCUUCUUUACUGGGAAUGUUAAGGAGCAGCAUUCACAAAGAGACUCUGAUAAAGCAGAAGGAGAAGCACCACUACCCAGACUGCUUCAGUGCAGCAGAACUAUUGAAAGCCCUUCACUCAGAGCGCUGGGAGAAGGCCAAGAGGAAGCGAUGGCCAAAUACGACCAGAUGACAGAGCUCCCAGAAUCCUCCUCUUCAGCAACACGGCCUAUGUGGCAGGUGAACCAGAGCACAGCUCCCCAGCCUGUGGAGGUGUGUGUGUGCUGCCUUAGAGCCACCAGAGACAAACUACCCAGGGGCCUCUACACUGUCAGUGUGGCCCUUUACAGUUGUCUAGGGGGUUCAGCCAUAGCCUGGUGCAGUAAAAAGGAGCAGCAACAAUGGAGUGUGUCCAUUGAGCCAAUCGAGCAUCUGGGCCGCUUCCAUGACACUGACCUGCACGUUAACCAGAACUUAUUCAUGAUCUUACCUGCAGCCUGUGAGGUUGUCCCCUCCAUGGUCCUGAUAUUUCAACUCAUCGCACUACGAGGAGACAGCAGCCACAUCAGCUCUGUACUGGCUUGGGGGGCAUUUCCUGUUUGUGGCUCUGGCCUUGGCCUGGUCCAAGGCAGGUUCAAAAUCCCUCUCCUCAGGGGGGAGCCCAACACACAACUGGACCAGUUUAAAAAAAUUGAACGCCUCAUCUUGUUUGAUCUAGACCACUGGCUGUGCAACAUGUACUUUCAGGUUAAGAGGCUCCCGUCUGGAGUGUCUAGGGGGCCAGAAUGUGACAUCACUGUAUUGAUACCCCCUGCUAACCCCCCUGUCAUGCCCCAACCUGAGGUUCAUUAUGACCAACCCCAGAGCCAACUCCAGCCCCAGCCCCCAUCACAGUCCCAGUUCUGUCCUCAGCCCAUUCAUCACCAGCUUCACUUAUACCCCCAACAGCAGCCGCAUGCAGGUCCCAGCAGCAGAGCAGGAGAGCCCGCUGUGGUAUAUUCUCACCGGGGGUCUCCUCUCCACCUUUCAGCUGAUUCUGCUUGCUCUUCCUCAUCUGUGCCAGGGAAGAAUUCCUCCUCGGGAGCUAUCUCUGGAAACAUAGGUGCGAAGGGAGAUCCAUGCAGGGUGAAAGCAGAGGGUAGGAUUCACUACAAGAAGAAGCCAAUCAAGAAGACAAAUAGCUGCGGCCCCAGCAUGAGCAGCAGCAGCGCACCGCCUCGGCAGGCAGACAAACAGAAGAUGCAGCCUUCAAUGGAGAACCUCUCCACGGAGGAGCUGGAGGAGUAUACAUUCUCCCUACAAUCGGCACUGACAGGACCUGGUUCCCACACCUCAUGCCUGUCCGAACGAGUCCGCCUGGCCCUCCGCAUGCUGCCGUUUGACAUGGACCUGCUGUUGCUGGGGCAACAACAACAUACUAGCUGGCGUGGCUCUGUUCGGCAGCUCGGCCUCAUUAUGCUGCUGAUGGCUUUGAUGUGGUUUGUGAGGCUCUACCUGCAUUACUGCAGCCAGUGGCUCUACCUCCAGGCCAUAGCAGUUCCUGUCAACAAGUUCCACUUUCACGCUCACACUGUGGAGCUUGUAUACCAGAGUUCCUUGCUCCACAUCUGGGAGGAGCUGGCGAUGCUGGUGGUGGGUCCCCUGACCUUGAACGCAUUAACGUUCCUGCUGGUUCUGAUCAGAUGGGGCUGUCAACAGAUAUUUGGCUCACUCCCUUCCUUCAUGUCAAAGUUUAUCAUGGCUCAGGGAGUGUGGACAGUCCUCGACCCUCUGGCAGUCUUUGCAGUGGACGCCGUCCUUGGGCAUCUCACCUACAGCCCCGACAUGCCAGUGGGUGACGCUGCCAAGCUUUACUGGCACUUCUAUCGAGCUGACCAAUCAGGUGCAAUGGGGGUGAUUAUCACGGUCUUCCUUUACGUAAUCCUUUUCCUGCUCUCCAUCACCAUCCUCUUCGUUUACAUACUAAGAUUCCACAAUGAUGGACACAUGCUGGACAUCUUUCAGAGGCUGACAGCCAAGGAGGGGACGUACUUCCUGCCUCAAGACAUGGAGCUGUCCAAUCAGGAACUCAGCUUCAUUGUCAAGAAGGCAGAGCAGUGGAGAGGCUUCAAUGGUGAGAGGCGCAAGGUGGUAGUCUAUGACUAUAUCUGGACAGCAGAAGACCCCUUGCCAGGCUCUGCAGCUCCUAGUGAUCCUCUGAUGGAGGGUGCACCCCUACCAGAAGGCGAGACCAGCACACAUGUGAUAGUCUACACCCUGUACAUGAGCGGGCUCAAACAAAGAUACAGACACUUCCUCCGACAAUCGGACGGCGCUAUCAUUGAGGUUAUUGGUGACAUGGAGGGGUUGCACAAUGCUUCCAGGAUGGUCCCCUGCCCACGCCAGGGCUCUGCCAAUCAGAAGGAGGGCAAAGAAGGUGCAAGUGCUCCACAGCAGCUACGGAAACGGAAGAGGCUGUUUGGCCGGCAUCAUCGUGUUGAGCCAGUAGGAGGAAGUGGGUGUGGCUCCAGUUUUGCAUUGCAAGAUCUCAACCAAUAACAUUAAAACAACAACAAAGAUAGUUGGAUCUUAAAUUGAUAGGGUGGAUGGAGGCUUUGUUUCAUCAGAGAAAGCCUCAUCAAGGAGGUCUGAAGGCAC